AUGAAGCUCUUUACCAUUCUCCUGGCUGUUCUGCCAGCCGCCCUCGCCGUGGCCGUGGCCGAUCCCGCACCACAAGGAGGUAUAUGCUGCAACUAUUGCCAAAAGGGCAGCCAGUGCGCCAAGAACUGCGUGAUCUGCCGGCUGUGUAAGUUGAUCAUCGACGUCGUCGAGGAGCGUAAUGAGAGGGAGAGACAAGAGCUGACGACAGCUCGGAAUGACAUCAAGAAAAUCCUUCCGACAGCCAUCGCAAUCAUGGGUAGUAUCUCAAAUGAUCCUGUCAUCCUUUUCGGAUAUCCUUUCUCUCCAUAUGUUCAGAAGAUCGCGCUGCUCCUCCAUGUCACCGAGGUUCCGUUCAAAUUCCAGGAAGUCGGUCCGCUGAUUCCUCGGCCUGAGCUCGAAUCUAUCGGCAUCACGUACCGCCGUGUGCCAAUAUUGGCCGUUGGCAAGGACAUCUACUGCGACAGCAAAGUCCAGCAGCGAGUCAUCCUUGAGCGACUCGCGAAGAAGCAGAUCCCGACAUCUAUCCACGAUCGGGCAUGGGAAGAAUGGGGCUUUGUCGCUUUCGACCAGACUCUGGGUCUUGCGCCUGGCAAACUGAUGACACCGGAAUUCGCCAAAGAUCGCGGUUCGAUCUAUCCGCUGUUGAUCCGGCCGGACUUUGACACGCUUCGAGAGUCGGCAGUUGCGGAUCUUCACAGUCGUCUUGACUACCUCGAAAACACCGUACUCAAGGAGACCAAGUACAUUGGCGGCAACGAGAUCACGCUGGCCACGAUUCAUGCAAUUUGGGGUGUGCGAUGGGAUUUGCAUGGUCUCGAGGAUCAACCCCCUGGACUUGGCGAGACACACCCAGCGGUCGGCAAGAGUCGAUUUCCCAAAGUGCAUGGCUUGAUCGACAGUCUGCCUCUCCCAGAGUUCAAGCACAUCAGUUUCGACGAAGCGAAAGAGCAGAUCUUCGCCUCCCGAUACACUUCCGAGAUCACGGGCCUACUCAAGGACGAGCCGACCGAGAUCCAAGUCGGCACCCUGGUCACUGCUGACAGUCUUGGUUCGGAGCCCCGCAAGCAUCCUGUACACGGAAAACUUCACGCAACGGAUGGUUACGAGUUCGUCCUCGAAGUGCCCACUGGACUGCGCAUUCACUUUCCACGCGAAAGCACUAUUCUGCGCAAAGCUUGA